AUACACACACACUACACUUCUACACCACUAAAAAAAAUUCAAACAAAAACUAAUAAAUAAAUUCAAAAAAAAGAAAAAACAACCCAACAAAAAUGUCAUCUUUACUAUACCAAAUAUCACCACCACCAUCAACCACCACAAACCACCACCACAACUUCCUACCAACAAACCCCAUAAUCGUCAACUUCCACCCAUCACCACCGUCAUCAUCUCGCCGGAAAAAGCUUAUGCCACCACUCCAUGUAUCUGCCCCACCAUCCCCUGCCACCACCACCACCAACAAUACUGACCCAUCAACUAAUAUUGAAAAUGAAAAACUUGAUGCAAAAUUCUCAUGGAAAGAUCAUUGGUACCCUGUUUCUUUAACAGAAGAUCUUGAUCCAAAUAUUCCAACACCUUUUACACUUCUUAACCGUGACCUUGUUAUUUGGUUUGAUAAAAAUUCUAACCAAUGGGUUGUUCUUGAUGAUAAAUGCCCACAUCGCCUUGCACCUUUGUCUGAAGGAAGGAUUGAUGAAAAUGGGCAUUUGCAAUGUUCUUACCAUGGAUGGUCCUUUGAUGGAUGUGGGUCAUGUUCUCGGAUCCCUCAAGCAUCAUCUGAUGGACCCGAAGCUCGAGCGGUUCAAUCACCUAGAGCUUGUGCUACUAGGUUCCCAACAAUGGUGUCUCAAGGUUUGCUUUUUGUGUGGCCCGAUGAAAAUGGAUUUGAACGAGCUAGUGCUACUACGCCUCCAAUGUUGCCCGAUGACUUUGAAAAGCCUGAAUUUUCAACAGUGACGAUUCAACGUGAUUUGUUCUAUGGCUAUGAUACUCUCAUGGAGAAUGUUUCUGAUCCCUCACACAUUGAUUUUGCCCAUCAUAAGGUUACAGGGAGGAGGGACAGGGCUAAACCGCUGCCAUUCAAGAUGGAUUCAACUGGCCAUUGGGGUUUUUCAGGAGAAAAUGAAGGGAACCCAAAAAUCAGUGCUAAGUUUAUUGCACCUUGCUAUUAUAUAAACAAGAUAGAGAUUGACACAAAACUCCCCAUUGUGGGUGACCAAAAGUGGGUAAUAUGGAUUUGUUCUUUCAAUGUACCAAUGGCACCAGGGAAGACUCGUUCCAUUGUUUGUAGUGCUCGAAACUUCUUCCAGUUUACAAUGCCCGGGCCUGCAUGGUGGCAGGUUGUUCCAAGAUGGCAUGAACAUUGGACUUCAAAUAAAGUAUAUGAUGGAGAUAUGAUUGUGCUGCAAGGUCAAGAAAAAGUGUUUCUGUCACAAUCAAUGGAUGGUUCAACUGAUGUCAACAAACAGUAUACAAACCUCACAUUUACACCAACACAAGCUGAUCGUUUUGUAUUGGCAUUUAGAAAUUGGCUCAGACGACAUGGAAACAGUCAACCUGAGUGGUUUGGUCAUGCCAAUACCCAAUCAUUGCCCUCCACAUAUCUUUCCAAACGCCAGAUGUUGGAUAGGUACGAGCAACAUACUUUAAAGUGUUCAUCAUGUAAGAAGGCUCAUAAAACAUUCGAGACACUGCAGAAGUUUCUAAUUGGAGCAGCUGUUGUUUUUUGUGCUGCUGCUGGUGUUCCUCCUGAGAUCCAAACACGCCUUAUUUUUGCGGGGCUUGCGGUUUUGAGUGCUGGUUUGGCUUAUUAUUCACACGAACUUCAGAAGAAUUUUGUUUUUGUUGAUUACGUGCAUGCUGAAAUUGAUUAAAACAGUCGAUAUAUAUGUGUGUAAAUUUGACAUCGUUACUACAUACCUUAUACAUAGUUGGACAUAGAAAUUAGAGCACUUGGUUCGUUCAGAAAUGUAUAGUUAGAUUAUAUAUCAAGUUUUCUAUCUGAUAUCGAACCGAAAUUUGUAUGCAUACAAGUCUGGGGGGUUAUUAUUUUC